AAUUUUAGUUAUUUUUGUCUAAAUUUUGUAUACAUUUUUGGCCGUCACCUGGCAUCAUUGACUAAAAAAUUAAAAAAAAAGGAUGACCAUGGAACUACUUGCGCUGCACAAUCUUCAGAAGGUUGAACAGCUCACCACCUUCGAUCUGAAGUAUUUCUUUAUCAUCUACGCCAUCGUCGUCCUGAUGAUCCUGGGUGUUCCACUGGCCUUCCUACUUCAAAGCAAGGGCUCGCCGAACGAGAGGGAUCGUUUUCAAUUGGAAGCCAAUCGAACGCGCGGGGAUCCAGUGAGGAGAGAAGUCCGGCGACGAAUCCGGGAUUCGAGUGCCUAAUAAGCUUUUGAUAUUGAUGUUGAUAUUCAUGGAAAUACAUUGAAUGCGGCGCAGCA